AUGGGUACGCUGCUUCGUACUUCCCACUCUUCUUUUCGUUCUUAUUGUUAUUCUACUCUUAUUGCUACUGCUGCUGCUACUACUAGUAUUGCUAGUGCUAAAAAAAACCCGAAUCACAAUCUGAAUCAAAAUCAAUUCUUGAAAUCUGUUAGAGAUCAAUGCAAAUCUAGAAGCUUUAGGAAUGUUGAUCAUGCCUUAGACCUGUUUGAUACAAUGCUUCACAUGUGCCCUUUGCCUUCCAUUAACAAUUUUAAUCACAUGUUGAGUGUCAUUGCAAGAUUGAAGCAUUACCCAGUAGUCAUUUAUCAAAUUAAACAAAUCAAAUCAUUUGGUAUCUCUCCUAAUGUUUAUACUCUUAAUAUUUUGGCUAACUGCUUCUGCCAUUUGGACCGAGUAGAUUUUGUGUUUUUUGUCUUGGCAACAAUUUUGAAACUUGGUUAUCACCCAAACUCUGUUACUCUAAACACCCUUGUCAAGGGGCUCUAUCUUCAAGGUAACAUUGCUCGAGCUGUGAAGUUGGUAGAAGAUAUGGAGCAGAAAGGGUAUCAACCUAAUGCAUUUACUUGUGGAACGAUACUAAAUGCUUUGUGUAAGAUUGGUAAGACUGAUAUGGCUAUGAGGUUGCUUAAGAAGAUGGAAAAAGGGAAUUUUGAGCUUGAUAGUUUAUGUAAGGAUAGAUUGGCAUUCAGCCGGACCUUACCACUUACAAUUCCUUGA